UAUAAGUUAUAUGUACGAUUUAAUUUAACCUAAUUUGUUUUUACAUUUACUCCUCUUACUCUCUCUAUCAAACUACACAUUAGUUUUUUUUUAAAGCAUUAUUGUGUCUGUUGUUUUCGUAAAAGGUUCAUCUACAUUCAGAAAUCAGAAUGGAAUGUUUGGGCCAUGAUUCCAGUUUUGGUACACAUAAUCUCAAUGUUAGGGAUAGAGAAUUCGUACAAUGGUUUCGUCAUGAUAUAAUAGAUAUUUUCCAUGAAUAUUCUUAUUCCAUGAAUUAGACGUUUUGUGCGUCGAUCUUUCUAUAAAAAAAAAUGAAACGUUUAAUAUUAACUACUACUAUUGUGCCGGCCUUAGUCUAGAUAUUAAUAUUGGAUAUGUUUGAUUUAAGUGGAUCUCUUUACUGUUAAGCUAGUUUUGUAAAAACAAAUAAAAAAAUUUGAAUAGCAUUCAGCAUAAUUUUAUUUCAUUUCGAUUCCAUAGUCAUCAUGUUCUUAAUUACCUAUUCUACCUCAUCGGCAAUUUUUUUUUUUUUUUUACAAAAGAUAAUCAUAUAUUGAUUUAGAACAAAAGGCUAUUACAUCCUGGAAUUCAGCCAGACCUGAUAAUCAAAACAACUUAUAGUCGGGUACAAAGAAAUAGCUUUUUUCAACCUAAACUUGAAGCUCGUGAGGUUAUUUCGUAUUGAUGAUUAUUACAAUUGAUGGAUUCUACAGUGAGUUGAUUCUAGAAAAUACAAGCCCUCUCUUAUUGUAACAUACUAACAAUGAGUUAAACCGCCACUUAAUCCUGAAUAAUCAAUAACAUGUGAAGUAAUUACUUUCUAAGUUUUGCAUUAUAAUUAGAGCUUUUACAUGAUAAUAAAAUAAAAUUAGCUAUCAUCCAAUGAUCCACAUAUUGAACUAGGGCUGUUAGUCGGUGCGGUUUCGAUUUAACCGAACCGCACCGUCGGUUAGCCGAAACCAAAAUUCGGCCAUAAUCCCAAACCGAAGCCGAAACCGAAGAAAGGCUCGGUUAACCGCCAACCGCAAUCGCCGGUUUCGGUUUGCAAGAGCGGUUAGCCAUAAACGGCAAGAUGGCAUGAUUUUCGGUCAGGAACAGGGCGACGUCGGGAUUCCGGGACAGAAGGCGGCAGCAGCGGCUGGAACCAGGGAGGAUGAAGCGGCACCGACGUUUGUGAGCAGGAGGACGACAGUACUAACUAGGACAACAAGAGUGCAGGUCAGGCUGACUGGAGAGGACGACGUCGAGCUCGUGAGUAGGAGGACGGCGGUGCAAUGAGCUCGCUACGACGAGUUCUGGGAGGGAGUUCGGCGACGACAAGUUCUGUGUUGGAGGACAGCGACGAUGAAGGCUGGGAGCGGGAGGGCGGCAAUGCGACGAAAGCUAGGAGCAAGAGGAUGACGAUGCGACGAACUCGACGACGGGAGUUUGUGGACUGGAUGGCAACUACGACAACGGGGACGAGGGUAGGGUUCGAAAAUGGGAAGCGACGAGUGAGGUUCUGUCGAUUUCGAUUCGCGAUAUAGGUCAGGGGAGGGGACUGGGGAGAGGCCGAGAGGUUGUCAAUUUGGCCAAGUAGAAGAGUACACGCCCAAACGACGCCGAUUUAGUGAGUAUGGUCGAUUUUGCGGUUAAUCUCGCACGGUUGCGGUUCUUAACUGCUAACCACUACAAUUGCUUCAUGCCCAGUGACAGGAAACCACAACCGCAAGUCAUUCUCGGUUUUCGGUUGGCUAUUAAACCAACGAUUUCGGUUUGGUCUCGCGGUUAACCGAAAAACCAGAGACCGAUUAACAGCCCUAUAUUGAACCAAAGAAUCAAUAUCAUAUCAACCAAAGUGAUUUCAUCCAUUCAUUUGUUUUCUCGAGAAAGAACACCAUAAGAAUCAUGAAUUGCAAUAAGUUACACUUUAAUUUCAUCCCAUCACACACCACGCAGGGCAUCAUUGACCCAACCGAAGUCAUCCAACUUUAAGGGACGACGCAAGCAAUCGAUGUGAUGAUGAACAGCAGUUAUGAUUGCUCAACAACGAGAAACCAUGCCGCAAACAAGCCUAGUGCUGGUGUCGAAACGGUUUGCUUCCUGAACAUGGUGUACAUUGAUACAUAAUGUCAAUGCACAGAACUAUCAGACGAGUUGUUUUUCUUCAAUUGGAUAAUCUAUGUCACUGAACAAAUGGAUAUUGGGGAAGCUUCCAGGAAGAAGUGCCGGUACCCAGGACAGAAUACAUAACAAUCCAACAGGACAAUCAAAACAUUUAAAAGAUCAAAAGAUGCCUGCGAUAUAUGCCAUUUUGAACAUGGUAACUAUCACGAUCUGGAAUCGAGCAAUUGCAUCAAAAUGACACUGGUACCAACGGAUUGGAUUGGAUCGAGUAUAUAGCCAUCACUGUCAAGAGAGAGCAGAGCGACUGACAACUUUGUAAGACCCGGUCAUUCACAUCUAUGCCAGAGUUAGCAACCAGUGAUCCACCCCCUCCCUCAUAUGGAGAGAACAUAACUACAAUCAUUAAACCAAAAUACAAGCAAAGCAUGGAGAAGGAGAAAACUCACCUUGUUAUGAUGAGUCCAAUCUUCUUGUUUACUGAAAACUAGCACCAUGCCUAUGUGCAGGAUUGCGAUGAGUAAAAGUAAUUAGUUUAA